GUCAGUAUCUAUACGGCACGGUAACGAUUAAUGAGUUUCUAAUUACCGAGUAGAUUUAGGAACUCGAGUGUUUAGAAUUCUGAGCAUCAUGAAACUAAUUACCUUUUUAUUCUCUACAUUAACCAUUAUCGGUUUGGGCCAGGGUUUAAAGUGUUACUCGUGUUUUUGGGAGGGUUGCUCGGAUCCUUUUAAUGCUACUGCAACAGGAGUAUCGAAUGUGACUUGUGUAUCUGGAUUCAAUUAUUGCGCAAAACAAGCUGUUACCAUUGAUUCCGCGAAUACAGUAUUCCGCGGUUGUGUGAAUAGUACGAGUAUGCCAGUGACUAGGCGCAUUGGAAGUGUGACAAAUCGUCUUGACAUCACGUAUGGAAAACUUUACACUUGCGAUACAGAUUUCUGCAACGGAGCAAGUUCGAUGAAGAACGCAAUUGGAGUUGCUAUCGUGUCACUCGUUGGUUUAGCAUAUAUCACACUUUAAAUUGUAAUUAAACUGCACUUAGCUACUAGCUUCUAUUCCAAGAAAAGUAUUAAUUCCGUAAUAAUAUCGAUGUAGAUUAAAUUAAAAAAAAUAUAUUUAAUAGUAUGAAAA